GCUCGUGACUCCCGAGGCAUGCAGUCUGCUGUGAAGCGAGAAACGGUUGGAGUGUGUGUGUUUAACAGUACUUUACACUCGUUCGCCAUUCAAACCGGUAAUAAAGUGUCUGAGAAGAUGUCAGAGAAGCGAUACUCCAGCAUGGACGAGUCCUCGCUCCGCAGUCUGCUUGAUAAAACUAUCGACAUAGACGAGCGGCGUCUGAUCCGGACAGCGAUCCGGGAGCUGCGGCGCUGUGAGAUUGAAGAAAUAGAGGCGGCGCUAACCAGCAAGCGCUUCAGACGUGCCCACCAGAACAGACAUGAGGAUAAAGAAAACCAGUGUCGUCCUGAUCUGACAGCUUCUUUAGACGUGCUGUCGGGGAAGAUUCAGGCUAUACAUGACAUUGAAGAACUUACUGGACUGUUACAAAGCGCCAGUGAAUAUGAAGAGAGAAAACUCAUUCGGGCAGCCAUUCGCCGGCUGAGAGAUGAGGAGAUACGAGGAGUAUUAGAGAAGGUUCAGACCGCUGGCCAGAGAACAGAGCGACGACAAAAUCCUCAAAGCAGCUUUGACCUGCAGGAGAAGAAUGCGUCUGGGGUUUGGAUCUCUGAACUUCGCUGCCUGCCACAUCACUUGUGGAGAAGAAUGCGUCUGGGGUUUGGAUCUCUGAACUUCGCUGCCUGCCACAUCACUUGUGCCUCGAGCCCUGACAUGGUUUUAGUACUAGAUCCUUUGGUCAGAGAGAAAGUCUCUUGUCCUCUGACUCAGCGGAUCCAAUGCGAUCAUCGCUCGCCCUCCUCAGAAGUCAUUCCUUCAUACCGAGAGCUGUCAGACUCCGGAGAAUUGAAUGACAGCAGCUCCCAUCAGAGAAAGAGGCUGAACUCCAGCGCCUCAGACCGUAGCCACGAAUUCCUGUCUACUGCUGAACCUCAUCUGACAGACCAGAGCUCACCGUCAGGUCCGGCUGCAGAGCAAGUGAGGGCAGCUGUGAGUUCAGAGGCUCUGCAGACGGAUCGAGACCUGAAGACACUUGACAAUGGCCUGGAGACGACUCUCUUUCAGAGCACAGCAGCUUCACAAGCAUGCACACUGAAUGAGACGAGUAAAAGAGCUGAAGACGUCUCAGGACAGAAGAUCACAUCAGGUAGAGACGCUCUCCUGACUUCUCUCACUAAUGGCAAGGAUACAGAUUUUAAAAACAAAGCCUCAUUCUCGGGGCCCGUCAUUCGCGCGAACUCUGUUCGUGACAGGAUGCGCAAGUUCACCGAACCUGUUACGAACGCACCUAAAAUCAGCCGCAGUUCGUCUCAUUCCACAAACACAGUGUCUGCAGAGAGGUCCUCGUCCUGUUCUUCCUCCAUCCCAAAGAAAGAGAGGAAUGUCACUGAGAACAUGUUGGCCCAGCCCAGGCUUUUCUCCAGCCAAUCACACGCCGCAGUGGGCGGCUCACACGGCUGCACUGAAAAUGUCAGGCGUGCGUGUAGCAGUUCAGAAGAAGUGCAGACUCCUGAGGGAGAAGCAUCAUCAGGGACCCACGACACCCGAGGUGAACCCGAGUCCAACAUGAAGACCUUUCUCAGCAUUGAGAUCAAAGACGGACGAAACCCAUCUUCACUGUCAUCGCCCUCUGCAGCCAUAAACAUGAGCCCUCGAAUCAUCACAUCUACUGCUCCACAGAGAACAGAGGGAGUGGAUUUCAACCUGUGCUCCUGGAUGGUGCUUAUGAAUGUGAAAUCAUGGUAG